UUACGUUGAGACGCGGGCCGGGUUAAGGGCAGAUCUAAGAUGGCGGCAGCGGCGGGGCCACUCCGGGGCCUGGCGCGGUGCGUGCAGCGGGUGGGAGCAGGUCGGCUCCUCCGACCUCCGCAGCGGGGAUUCCACCGCUCUGUGCCUGCCGCUGCUCAGGUGACUGUCCGUGAUGCUUUAAACCAGGCAUUGGAUGAGGAAAUAGAAAGAGAUGAGAGAGUUUUUCUGCUUGGGGAAGAAGUUGCUCAAUAUGAUGGUGCAUACAAGAUUAGCAGAGGACUUUGGAAGAAAUAUGGUGAUAAGAGGAUAAUAGAUACUCCUAUAUCAGAGAUGGGCUUUACUGGAAUUGCUGUGGGUGCUGCCAUGGCUGGUUUAAGACCUGUUUGUGAAUUCAUGACUUUCAACUUCUCCAUGCAAGCUAUUGAUCAGAUAAUAAACUCAGCUGCCAAAACCUACUAUAUGUCAUCUGGUCUGGUGCCUGUUCCCAUUGUCUUCAGGGGUCCAAAUGGAGCUUCAGCGGGCGUAGCAGCCCAGCAUUCCCAGUGUUUUGCGGCCUGGUAUGGGCAUUGCCCUGGACUGAAGGUAGUCAGCCCCUGGAGUUCAGAGGAUGCAAAAGGGCUACUUAAAGCAUCGAUUCGGGAUGAUAAUCCAGUUGUGAUGCUAGAAAAUGAGUUGAUGUAUGGGGUGCCCUUUGAGUUGUCUGAGGAAGCCCUGGCAAAGGACUUCCUUAUUCCAAUUGGAAAGGCUAAGAUAGAAAGGCAAGGAAGCCACAUUACCUUAGUGUCUCACUCACGACCAGUUGGCCACUGUCUGGAAGCAGCUGCUGUCCUUGCCAAAGAUGGGGUGGAGUGUGAGGUGAUAAACCUCCGUUCCAUUAGACCAAUGGAUAUUGAAACCAUCGAAACUAGUGUUAUGAAGACAAAUAAUCUCGUAACAGUGGAAGGUGGCUGGCCACAGUUUGGGGUGGGAGCUGAAAUCUGCGCCAGGAUUAUGGAAGGUCCUGCUUUCAACCACUUGGAUGCCCCUGUUGUGCGUGUCACAGGUGCAGAUGUUCCUAUGCCUUAUGCAAAAAUUUUGGAGGAGAACUGCAUACCUCAAGUAAAGGAUAUUAUAUUUGCUGUGAAGAAAACACUAAAUAUCUAGGUUGUAUGUGUGUGUGGAUGUUUCAAGAGUUUAAAUCUUUACAGUUAUUUAUGGAAUGUAUUGCAAACCAUUCAUAUACAGAAAUGCAUCUUGUAUAGUACAUGGACCUGCAUGGGGGGAGGGGGUAUGUACGUGGAAGGAAGUGACUUAAACAUAUUCUGUUACAGGGCAUAUCUCCCCCUCUUUCUUCAGAAGAAAAUGCAAAGGGAGAUCUUCAGCCCCCAAUAGUUGUGAUCGCUUAAAGAACUCCCACUGUAAGAGGAAAUGUUCUGUUUAUCAUUGUACAUUAAAUCAGGCUUGCCUUAAUAGGCAGCCCUAGAUCAUCUUGUGCUUAUUUUGUAUUUUACAAAGCUUGCAAUAAAGGACUAACAAAAAUGGUAA